AAUCAGUCGUUGUUUGGCAUUCAUGGUGAUCGGACGCAAAAAUUCUACUUUCUACGCACGUAAUUUCAAAGAGAGAGAGAAAAACAGAAAGAACAAAAUAAAAGCAGAGUAAACGUGAAAAAAAAAGUUCAUUGCAAACCGGCUUUGUGGUCAGAACUAGAUUGUGUGAACAGUGAAAUUUCUGCUAAAAAAAAGCAAAGAAAAUCAGACGUAUUUUGAUAAAAAAUAAAGAAUCUUUCUUUUGAAAAAACGAGUUGUUAAUUUGUUGAGGUCGUUGUCGUUGCUGUUCAAUUUUAUUUUGCAUAAUGUAUCGAUUUACAUUGUUAUUGUGCACAUUUGUGUUAUGCGCUAUAAGUUGCGUACUAUCUGCACCAGCCACAUCACUUCUAUCGGCUUUGUUAUCGCCGUCACCAUCAUCGGCUGCAUCUCAUUCAGCAGCAUCAGCAAGACAAAAACCAGAAACAGGUUUAACAACAUACGAUCAAAAGCAAAGUGGAAAGUAUAACAUUCAUUUGAAUAUAAAAGACGUUGCGAUCAUUGCAUUAGAUGCUGGUCACAUUGAUGGUGAUGUUGGCGAUUCUGGUGAAGAUUACUACUAUGAUAUAGAUGAUUUUACUGUAAAGCCGAUUUUCGGACUGGUUGAUAAUAUUCCAUCGUCAACAGAGAAAACAUCGUCAACAACAGUAGCCACACCACCGCUCAUUCACUCUGAAUCGGAAGAAACUGAUGAUGAUGAAGCGAUGGACAAUCCAUCGACCGAGAGUGCCUCAAUAAUUGAAGAACCAAUUAUUAAAGAUCCAAUCAAUAAGACACAGUCGGUAACCAUUCUCAGUGAAAAUACAGCACCGGCAAAUAAUGAAGCCAGUAGUAUAGUGGUUACAACACCAACACCAUCUCCCGAAGAUCUUCCACCAAAAUUAUCAUUGGCUGACAUUGCAAAUGUACAAAGUGCACAAAAACCAUUCCCAACCAAACCGAAUGAAAUUCCAGUGCACAUAAUCUUAGAACAACCUCUACAACACAAGAAAUCCAGCCAUCCAAAUCUAAAUACAUUACUCAAUGGUAAUUUGAGAAAUCGUGUACGUGCCACAACGAGCGCCAGCCGAAGAAUUACAGCACCGCAUGAUGUUCAAACUGCUUUUGGUAAUGAUAAACAUCGAAAACAUUAUGUACAAGCAAAUCGUCGCAAUUGCGUACUUAAUCAAUAUGGACAAUGUCAAAAUAGUAACAGACGCUCAGGUUCGUCGACCUUGAACGGCAUAUUAGGCCUUCUUUCAUUAAUAUCACCGCAACAACUUGAGAAGCUGGAUUAAAAUGGAGAAGAUGAAAAAAAAGAGCACGAUGAGUUGUCCAAGCUGAAAAAACAAUACAUUUUCAAUAUAAAAAAAAGUCUGGUUGAAUUAGAAUCCUCUUGCUGCCGGAAAUAAAGGGAACAAAAGAAAUUUUUGGUGAUAAGAACAUGUACUCAUAGGAUAAACAUUUUUCAAAUUGAUGAAUAAAGUCAGUUUAAAGAAAAACAAUGA